AUCUCCUGCACGUGGGGCAGAAUGAGAGCUGGCAGGUACUGAUUAGAGGUACUGCUGAGAAGAGUGAGGUGUGACCUGUGUGCGCUUUUUAUGUUGGGGGGGGGGCGGGAAAUGGGAGGAAACCCUAAGAAUCUCCCUGUUUGUCUAGAAAAGUGCAGGUGGACGAAUAGAUCUGGUUUGUAACCUCCGGAGCCCUGAGGGUUUCCGUGUUUGAACCUUUGAAUAGUGCCCAAAUUAAGGAGGUUAUGCGCAUGAUUAUUACUGCUGGGAUCAGUCUGAGGAAGGCUGGGCAGCUCAAGGUGACUCAAAUGAUUUGAGAUGAGAAGGAACUUGAAAUAACUUCCUGGAUCAACAGGCACCCAAACUGGCCGAGAACUUCUGUGUCUGUCAUUUGGCCACUGGUGAUAUGCUGAGGGCCAUGGUGGCUUCUGGCUCAGAACUAGGGAAAAAGCUGAAGGCAACUAUGGAUGCUGGGAAGCUGGUGAGUGAUGAGAUGGUAGUGGAACUUAUUGAGAAGAAUUUGGAGACCCCUUCAUGCAAAAAUGGCUUCCUUCUAGACGGCUUCCCUCGGACUGUGAGGCAGGCUGAAAUGCUUGAUGACCUCAUGGAGAAGAGGAAAGAGAAGCUUGAUUCCGUGAUUGAGUUCUGCAUCCCAGACUCCCUGCUGAUCCGGAGAAUCACUGGAAGGCUGAUUCAUCCCAAGAGUGGCCGGUCCUACCACGAGGAGUUCAACCCCCCAAAAGAGCCCAUGAAAGAUGACAUCACCAGGGAACCCCUGAUCCGGCGAUCGGAUGAUAAUGAGAAGGCCUUGAAGAUCCGCUUGGAGGCUUACCACACUCAGACCACCCCUCUUGUGGAAUACUACAGUAAACGGGGAAUCCACUCUGCUGUUGAUGCAUCUCAGACUCCAGAUGUCGUGUUUGCCAGCAUCCUAGCAGCCUUCUCCAAAGCCACAUGUAAAGACUUGGUUAUGUUUAUCUAAUGUUGGGGGUUCAAAAAGGAAUUUCUUCUUCCUAUCUCUACUGAGGGAGCGGGCAGAAAUGGCAAGGUAGGCAGAGGGAAGCUUCCCUACUUAGGCUAGCAAAAAUACCUUUGGAUGUAUUGAUUAAAAAGCACUUACUUGAUA